GCCGUGCUCAAGCCGAGUCCCCCUGGCCUUGCUGAGCCGGGCCCUGCGUGUGGCCGCCACCUGUCCUCGCCGGAGCCCUGCCCAGGGCCUGGGGCUGCGACUCCUGACCAGCGGGGCCCGGCCCACCCCUGAGAAGAGUGUGCCCUACCAGCAAACCCUGAAAGAGGCACGGGACCCCUGGGCAGGCGCCCAGGGCCCAAGCCGGCCCCUGCCCAGUACAGCCAAUGUGGUGGUCAUCGGCGGGGGCAGCUUGGGCUGCCAGACCCUCUACCACCUGGCCAAGCUGGGCAUGAGCGGGGCAGUGCUACUGGAGCGGGAGCGGCUGACCUCCGGGACCACCUGGCACACGGCGGGCCUGCUGUGGCAGCUGCGGCCCAGCGACGUGGAGGUGGAGCUUCUGGCCCACACGAGGCGCGUGGUGAGCCGCGACCUGGGGGAGGAGACGGGGCUGCACACGGGCUGGAUCCAGAACGGGGGCCUGUUCAUCGCCUCCAACCGGCAGCGUCUGGAUGAGUACAAGAGGCUCAUGUCGUUGGGCAAGGCCUAUGGCGUGGAGUCCCACGUGCUGAGCCCGGCAGAGACCAAGGCACUGUAUCCGCUGAUGAAUGUGGAUGACCUCUACGGGACCCUGUACGUGCCGCAUGACGGCACCAUGGACCCCGCUGGCACCUGUACCGCCCUCGCCAGGGCCGCCACUGCCCGGGGAGCGCAGGUUAUCGAGAACUGCCCGGUGACCGGCAUCAGUGUGCGGACGGAUGAUUUUGGGGUGCGGCGGGUCGAGGCUGUGGAGACAGAGCACGGCUCCAUCCAGACGCCCUGCGUGGUCAACUGUGCAGGAGUGUGGGCAGGCGCCGUGGGCCGGAUGGCUGCCGUCAAGGUCCCGCUGGUGGCCAUGCACCAUGCCUACGUCGUCACCGAGCGCAUCGAAGGGAUCCAGAACAUGCCCAACGUGCGCGACCACGACGCCUCCAUCUACCUCCGCCUCCAAGGGGACGCCUUGUCCGUGGGCGGCUACGAGACCAACCCCAUCUUCUGGGAGGAGGUGUCGGACAAGUUUGCCUUUGGCCUCUUCGACCUGGACUGGGAUGUGUUCAGCCAGCACAUUGAAGGUGCCGUCAACCGGGUCCCCGUGCUGGAGAAAACGGGGAUUAAGUCCACAGUCUGCGGCCCAGAGUCAUUCACAGCGGACCACAAGCCCCUGAUGGGGGAGGCACCCGAGCUCCGUGGGUUCUUCCUGGGCUGCGGCUUCAACAGUGCAGGGAUGAUGCUGGGAGGUGGCUGUGGGCAGGAGCUGGCCCACUGGAUCAUCCACGGGCGCCCGGAGAAGGACAUGCACAGCUACGACAUCAGGCGCUUCCAUCACUCGCUCACGGACCACGGCCGCUGGAUUCGAGAGCGCAGCCACGAGUCCUACUCCAAGAAUUACUCGGUCGUCUUCCCCCACGACGAGCCCCUGGCUGGACGCAACAUGAGGACAGACCCGCUACACGAGGAGCUCCUCGCACGAGGCUGCGUGUUCCAGGAGCGUCACGGCUGGGAGAGGCCGGGGUGGUUCAGUCCCCACGGCGCGGCUCCGGUGCUCCCUUACGACUACUACGGGGCCUACGGGAAGCCGGCGCACCAGGACUACGUCUACAGCAGGCUGCUGGGCCGCGAGUACACCUUCGACUUCCCGCCCCACCACGACGUGAUCAAGAAGGAGUGUCUGGCCUGCAGAGGGGCCGCUGCUGUGUUUGACAUGUCCUACUUCGGGAAGUUCUACCUGGUGGGACUGGACGCGAGGAAGGCUGCAGACUGGCUCUUCUCGGCCGAUGUCAGCCGGCCCCCAGGCUCCACGGUGUACACCUGCAUGCUGAACCACCGCGGGGGCACCGAGAGCGACCUGACCGUCAGCCGCCUUGCUCCCAGCCCCGAGACCUCCCCGCUGGCCCCUGCCUUUGAAGGGGACGGCUACUACCUGGCCGUGGGCGGGGCCGUGGCCCAGCACAACUGGUCCCACAUCAGCACGGUGCUGCAGGACUGGAAGUUCCGGUGCCAGCUUGUCGACAGCACCGAGGACCUGGGCCUGAUCAGCGUCCAGGGCCCAGCCAGCCGGGCCAUCCUCCAGGAAGUGCUCGAUGCAGACCUGAGCAAUGAGGCCUUCCCGCUCUUCACUCACCAGCUGGUGAGAGCCGCCGGGCACCUGGUCCGGGCCAUGAGGCUGUCCUUCGUUGGGGAGCUGGGCUGGGAGCUGCACAUCCCGAGGCCGUCCUGCCUGCCCGUGUACCGGGCUGUGAUGGCAGCAGGGGCCAAGCACGGCCUCCUCAAUGCCGGGUACCGGGCCAUCGACUCCCUGAGCAUCGAGAAAGGCUACCGGCACUGGCACGCUGACCUGCGGUCCGACGACAGCCCCCUGGAGGCGGGUCUGGCCUUCGCCUGCAAGCUCAAGUCCGCCAUCCCCUUCCUGGGGCGCGAGGCCCUGGAGAAGCAGCGGACCGAGGGCCUCUGCCGGCGCCUGGUGGGCUUCACCGUGGACGCGAAAGUGCCCAUGCUCGGCCUGGAGGCCAUCUGGAGAAACGGCCAGCUGGUGGGCCACGUCCGGAGGGCCGACUUUGGGUUCACCGUGGACAAGACCCUGGCCUACGGCUACAUCCGGGACCCCAGCGGCGGGCCGGUCUCGCUGGACUUCGUGAAGAGUGGCGAGUACGCCCUGGAGAGGAUGGGGGUGACCUACCCGGCCCAGGCUCACCUCAAGUCUCCCUUCGAUCCCGACAGCAAGAGGAUGAAGGGGAUCUACUGAGGGGCCGGGGGCAGGGCCUCAGCCCAUCCGGAGGCCAGCGGACCCUGGCCAGAACUUGGGGUCCCCCUGCCCUCAGUCGAAGCCUGCGAACCAUCUCCCCCCAAAGAGAUGCAAACUGAGAGGGUGGAAAGAGGACCUAGAAGACCCAUUCUGUGGUCACUGACCAAAGGAUGGUCUCGAGUCCACCCACACCCUAAAAAAGCCACCCGUAACCCCUUAGGCUCAGGGCCCACGCCUGUAGCCCUUGAGAGCU